ACGAGGAGACUUCCUUCCCCACUCCCCUACCCAACUCCCCCUUCGCCCAGACGCCCACUCGGACCACCACGCGCUGCCGCAUCACCCGUCAUGGAGGUCGCCGCCGCCCGCGGGACCGGCAGCGGAGGAGGAGGAGGAGGUGGUGGCGGCGGUGGUGGACCGGCCCCGUUCCUGCUGAAGACGUACGAGAUGGUGGACGACCCGUCAAGCGACGCGGUGGUGUCGUGGAGCGACGCCUCCGACGGGAGCUUCGUCGUCUGGAACCCGCCCGAGUUCGCGGCGCGGAUGCUGCCCACCUACUUCAAGCACAACAACUUCUCCAGCUUCAUCCGCCAGCUCAACACAUACGGUUUUCGUAAAAUAGACCCAGAGCGCUGGGAAUUUGCUAAUGAAUACUUUGUCAAGGGACAGAAGCACCUGCUGAAGAAUAUCCACAGGCGAAAACCCAUCCACAGCCACAGCCAUCAACCAGGUGCCCUGCCUGACAAUGAGCGUGCUUUAUUUGAGGAUGAGAUUGACCGGCUUUCACGGGAGAAAGCUGCCCUGCAGGCUGACCUCUGGAAAUUCAAUCAGCAGCAGUCAGGGGCUGUGAGCCAGAUUGAAGAUCUUGAGCGGCGAGUGCUUGACAUGGAGCAGCGACAGACGAAGAUGCUUAGCUUCUUGCAGCAGGCUCAGAAGAACCCUCAGUUUGUCAGCAAGCUCAUUAAGAUGGCAGAGGCAUCCCCAAUCUUCGCGGAUGCAUUUCACAAGAAGCGAAGGCUACCUGGGUUUGAAUACAUCACCGAGGCCACUGAAACUGCCACUAGCUUUUUUGAUGACCAUAGCAGCUCUUCCAGGCAAGAAAUGGGCAACCUUCUGAAUCAGCACUUCUCUGACAAGCUGAAGCUUGGACUCUGUCCUGCAAUGACGGAAAGCAACCUCAUCACCCUGAGCACCCAAAGCUCACAUGAAGAUAACGGAAGCCCUCAUGGAAAGCAUCCAGACUACGAGAGAACAGCCAUGGAGUGCCUUCCACUGGUGCCGCAGAUGAUGGAGCUCUCUGACACUGGGACAUCCAUCUGUCCCGCAAAGAGUUUGAGCUUCGCAGCAGCUGCAAAUGAUGAUGGGUUCUUGCCAUGCCACCUCAACCUCAGUCUUGCAUCAUGCUCAAUGGAUGUGGGCAGAAGCCAAAUCCCCGUUGCAAACGGGAACAUUGUGGAUGAGAAGGACGGCCCAGCGGAGAUGACCACACCCACCAUGGAGAAGGUCGGCAGCAUUCCUGACAGAUGCCAUGAUGCCGAUACCCAGAACGAGGCUUCAGGUGACGCUGGGGCCGCAGCAGAUGCAACGGGUAGGCCGCAUCAGGGCAGUCAAGCUCCCCCUGAAGAACAUGCAGCUCCCCAGGUGGUGGCGAACGACAAGUUCUGGGAGCAGUUCCUUACCGAGAGGCCGGGCUGCUCCGAGGCCGAGGAAGCAAGUUCCACCCUGAGGAGGGAUCCAGACCACACGCAGCAGGCGGACCAGGGAACUACAAGUGACAGGAGAGAUAUGGGGCAGCUGAAACUCUGACCUUCAGUUUUUUUAGCAUGACCUCUUCCUGAAGGCGACACAGUCGUACAGCGUUAAGUGUUGGAAAUUGGAAGAAUGGCACGAUGGUCUGUCUGUCUAUGAUUGAUUGUAACUAAACAGCAUCACAAGAAUGUCCUGUACAUAUUAUCCCAGGAUACAUACCGGAGAUUGAGAGCAAUGCGAUUUUGUGCUGUUCUGAUUAAUUAAUAUGUACACUAUAUAUGUGGUUACUUCGUUACAGCAAAGUGACCAGUUUGUGCAAGCUGCUUUGAUAGAAUUCGAUGUAA